AUGAAGUGGUCGGAACAGCUUGGCUCAAAGCUCCAGACGAAGGAAGGGCUCCAGGAUACGGACAAGAAGCUUGCGGGGAAAAAGGUUGUAGGCUUUUACUUUAGCGCGCACUGGUGCCCGCCAUGCCGUCAGUUCACACCUUUUUUGAGCGCAUUGUAUGAAGAUAUGAUUGAGGAACACCCAGAAUUUGAGCUGGUCUUUGUCUCAUCGGACCGUGACCCAACGCAGUACAAUGAGUACUUUGGGGAGAUGACGUUCCUGGCUGUUCCUUUUGAGGAGCGUGCAACAAUUCAAGCUCUGAGCACCAAGUUUGGGAUCACGGGAAUCCCAAUGCUGGUCUUUGUGGACGAAGAGGGCAAGGUCAUUACGUUGGAUGGACGUAGUGUCGUUACCAACUCACGUGGAGACGUGAACACGCUAUGGGAACAGCUUACGAAGUAA